AUGGGGCUGAUAGAAUAUCUUCUAUUGUGCCUCCCCCCUCCGAACAGCGGGGCCAUUGUCGCAAGGCUGAUUUCGCACAAAGACAAGCACCUCUACAACCAGGAGAAGCGCCGCAACCUCUCCAAGGGCAAGGCCAUCUCCUCGUCCUCCACCCUCUCCUUCACCUCACAGUUGAGCUCCCUCAUCAGCACAAAUUUGAACACCUCGAAACCAUCUUCUGGUCGCUCGAAAGCGAAGAAAGAGGACAUUUUCGCAACACACAACAAGAACACCGCGAAAAGAGCGAAACGCGAUCUCGAAGCAAAUGAUUCCACGUCUUUUGAGCAGAAGCACACCACAAACGGCGAAUCACUCGACAAGGGCAUCUGGGAGCGAAGCAAACGCAAGAUGGAAGAAAAGGCCCGCCUAUAUGCUGCCAUGAAGAGAGGAGACGUGGAAGAUGCCGACGAACGAUAUGCGGUGGAUUUCGACGCCAAGUGGGCUGCAGGGCGUGCCGAUGAGAAGGAGAGUGACUCAGACGAUGACGGUGCUGGUGAAGACGAUGAAGAAGAGAUAGAGUACGUCGAUGAGUUUGGCAGAACGAGAAAAGGGACCAAGAUCGAUGCGCUGCGUGCGACCCAGCAACAUCAGCGCCAAGAAGAAGGAACUGGCGUAUUGCCUGCCGCUCCUAGUCAUGUCAUUCGAGGAGAUACGAUACAGCAUCAAGCUUUCGAUCUGGAUGAACCGAGGGCUGCACAGAUGGCGGAGUUGGCCAAGAAGAGGGAUAAGAGUCUGACUCCUCCACCCGACGAGCACUUCGAUGGCAAUAAGGAAAUCAGGACGAAGGGCACAGGGUUCUUCCAGUUCUCGGGCGAUGCGGACGAGAGAAAGAAGCAGAUGGAGAAUCUUGAGAACGAGCGAGCCGAGACAGAACGAAAGAGAAAAGAACGAGACAGCAAGAUGGCAGAGCGACGAGCGCAGAUCGAGGCUAGGAGACUGGAAGUCCAAAAGAAGAGUGCCAAGAGAAAGGCCGAUGAGUUUUUAGAUGAGCUUAGUGCGCAGAUGGAUGGUCCCUCAGCGCCCAGGACACCACCUUCGGGCAGUCAGAAGCGCCCUCGCUCGAGAGAGUCGCCAAGUGAUGUCUACGCCGAGUUACGCGAGAGCGGACAUUCUGGAUCCAUCAUGAAGGCUCCGCCGGACAUGAUAGAUCGCAUCGAAAAGGCCAUUCGCAACGACGAAGCAGAAUCAGAAGCCGUAGCCAUGGGUUUCUGAGCACCUCAGACGCAGAAGAAAGUCCUGCGGAAGCUACAACCUUUAGUGUACUGCCCGACAUGGUGCGAUGUACGAUAACCAGUGCCCGAAUCAAUUCAUGCACUAUAUCACAGAGAAGCCACAACUUGUUUGGCCAUGAACGACGACGCCGAAGCUCACGAUGAGAUCUGGAGCCUCUUCCGCCAGUGUGUGGUACAUGACCUUUCUCUAGCGAAUCCUCUUUACACAUCCGAGACUCGACUGAAUUUUCGCAACCGGGUGCUUUCUCAGCUGGGCCGUGCAAGCUGCAGAAUUGAGGGCUGCUAUUGAGAUUGGUGCCAUAGUGACAGAAACAGAAUGAGAUGAAAGAGGGACAGGAAUGAAAUGAGUCGGCUUAUGUUAAAUGAAAUAAUGUAACUGGCAGUCAACUCAAUCACAU